UUCAGAACGAGAAAGUGGAAGUGAAGCAGAAGUGGGCCUCUAGACUUCUUGGCAAACUGAGAAAAGACAUAACCCAAGAAUGUAGAGAAGACUUCGUUCUCAGCAUCACGGGGAAGAAACCAGCCAUGUGCGUUCUCUCCAACCCUGACCAAAAGGGGAAGAUGCGAAGAAUAGACUGCUUACGGCAAGCAGACAAGGUGUGGCGGUUAGACCUGGUGAUGGUGAUCCUGUUCAAGGCAAUUCCUCUGGAGAGCACGGACGGAGAGAGGUUAGAGAAGGCGGCUGAGUGUGCCCACCCCAACCUCUGCGUCAACCCUUACCACAUCAACGUCUCCGUGAGGGAGUUGGACCUCUACCUCGCCAACUACAUCAACAGCCACGAGGUUCUAAGUGGUUUGUGUGAUAGCGUUAACGAGAGAGGAUCUUCGAGGCUGAGCCAAGGUAGAAGAGAAAGGUCCCAGUGCCCUCCUAACAGUUACGUCCUCACUAACCCCAGCUUCGCUUGGCUUUAUUCCUUACCGGCUACAAUUAACUUGGAGCUUCCUCUAAACGCCCCCGUGCACGGAUAUUCCCACAACCCGUACAAUGGUGUCAUCUGUAAUGACACGAUACUCGCCACUGGAGUCUUCUCCUCUAAGGAACUAUGGAGACUGUCAAAAGCCACCAAUAAAUGUCAUUAAGAUUGAAAAUCCAAGUUACUAUUGUAAUAGUUAUACUCCACCUGCUCCGGACCAUACCAGUCCAUUGCCAAUACCUCGAAAUACGCAAAGUCCUAAUGAGCCACGUACCAAGAGGGUAAGAAGGCUUAGUUCUGCAGAAGAAGAAAUGGAUUUAGGGAAUAGUGGUGGAGGUUCCAGGGAAAAACAGGGAGGAGGUGGGCCAACAGAAGUCGGGUAUUACGGCCAAAGCCCAGCUUCUCUCUCAUCUCAAACCAGUUGGCACUCUGAUGUUGAACAUGGAUUGCCUUCUCAACACGGCAGUGUUGCACCUCUGGCUACAGCAACCUAUUAUCAACAAAGUGAAAAUAGUCCUGCUAAAUAUCCAGAAAAUGGUCAUGACACAUUGUCAGAUUUUGUGACCUUUGUCUGCCAAGAAGCAGAGAAUGCUCAAAACCAGGCUGGUCCUUCAAGAAGUCCAAACAAGUUAACACAAUACUACCCAAGUUCAAUGUUACCCCCACCCCCACCUCCACCAAUGGCAAGGCCUGUAGCGAUCAUUAGAUCUACAGGUGAGUUGAAUGUAAGCAGUGGAGGGAGUGGUGGUGGUUCAAGCCCCCAAACACCACCAAAUGAGGGUUCUCCUCCCCGAUCCCCAAACGGGCAAGGUGGAGAAACAACCCAACACUCAAGGACACUAGUCUCCAGUCCUUUUUCAAGGGACUAUCCCGUGCCCUUCACACAUAUACAUACACAGCCUGCUCAGCUAUUCAGCUACCCGAGCUUGAGUCCAAUGUCUGGUGUGAUGAGCCCGACAAAUCUCUCAUUGUUUCCGGGACCUCUACAAGUAAACUCUCCUCGAGGAGGGACACGAAGUGCACUUCCUCGCUGGACACCUCCAACUGCUCCCCCUGCUGGUCCAGGGCCCCCUUUCAUCAGUCUAGAGGAGGACUACAUGAUGACACCCCUCAUCACACCCACCAACCAUGAGACUGCUGCACUUAUUGAUGAUGGUAACUGCUUAGUUUAAAUUGUCUAAUAUAAGGUUAGCAAUGUAUUUUGCUGUUUUAAGUCAGUAACAUGGAUAUAAAGCAAUAAGGCAUAUUCCAUUUCACUAAAAAAAAUAAUUAGCAAUUAUAAAAUUAUAGAUUUCUUACAAUUUAAAUUUCUAAUAGAAAAUUUCACUGUAUCAAAAUAAGUAUUUUAUUCCAUAAAUAAACAUAAAUUUCUAGGCUCUAUAGGAUAUAGGUAGCCACUUAUUGUUAUUAAUUUAUAUUUUUGUCAAUU